CAGCGGGUCUGCGCCCCGCUCGGUCGUGCGGGACGACGGUAGGGGCCCGCCACCAGGGGACUCUGUAAAUCACCCCAACUCGUGGCACCUGUUACACUGAGAGGCAAGACGCGAGGCCACGGCGUCACGGUAUCGCUUGUCGUCUCUUCUCCAUCCUCUCCCAUGACUUCCACACCUAGAAGACAGCGUUGGAUCCCCCGUCUCUUCUGAGCGGUGAUCAAAGACUUAUUAGUCGAAGAAAUAAGUCGAGUCCGGUCGAGUCUUCAGUGCAUCAGCCCAUUCUGCAGCAUGCGUCUGUUUUUUCGACGGCGUGUGUCCCCCAUUAAGUUGGCCCUGCUGGGGGGAGCGCUGUUCAUGGUGGUGCUGGUGGUUCUCCAGUGGGACGUGAGCUCGGCUCCCACCCAGGACCGCUGGCUCCGCGACCUGGUGGAUAAGAGGGACCAAGUCCUGGGCAUGGUGCAGGAGGCGGUCAACAACCUGGGCUUCCAGAUCAGGGCUCCGCUGCGACCCAGCGUGGAGCCCCAGCCCACCCAGAACGUCCGCUGCCCGUCUGGGUUCUACAGCCAGGCUGAUCUCCGGCCUGUCCUGGAGAGACCCCCGCAGGACCCCAAGGGAUUCGGGGCUGACGGCAAGGCCUUCGUGAAGGGCACCAUGAGUAAAGAGGAGGAGAGGGAGAAUGCGGAGGGCCAGACACGCCACUGUUUCAACCAGUUUGCCAGUGACCGCAUCUCACUCAGCCGUAGCCUCGGAGACGACACCAGGCCCUCAGAGUGCGUGGAGCGUAAGUUCCGUCGGUGCCCAGCGUUACCAACCACCAGUGUGAUCAUAGUGUUCCACAACGAGGCCUGGUCCACCCUCCUCAGAACCGUGUACAGCGUCCUGCACACCUCCCCCGCAAGCCUGCUCACCGAGAUCAUCAUGGUGGACGACGCCAGCACUGCAGAGCACCUGAAGAGCCAGCUGGACGAAUACGUGCGUCAGCUGAAGAUAGUCCGUGUGUUGAGGCAGCGCGAGAGGAAAGGCCUGAUCACUGCCAGGCUUCUAGGUGCCAGCGAGGCCAAGGGUGAAGUGCUGACCUUCCUAGACGCACACUGUGAGUGUUUCCACGGCUGGCUGGAGCCCCUGCUGGCCCGCAUAGUGGAGGAGCCCACAGCGGUGGUCAGUCCAGAGAUAACGUCCAUCGACAUGAACUCGUUCAGUUUCCAUAAGCCUGUGGCCAACGCUCGCUCCUACAACCGAGGCAACUUCGACUGGAGCCUCUCCUUCGGCUGGGAGAACAUCCCAGAAGACGCCAAGAAGAAACGUCUGGACGAAACCUAUCCUAUUAAGACACCUGCUUUUGCUGGAGGUCUAUUCUCCAUUUCUCAGGAGUAUUUUGAACACAUUGGAACGUACGAUGACAAGAUGGAGAUCUGGGGUGGAGAGAACGUGGAAAUGUCAUUUAGGGUAUGGCAGUGUGGAGGCCAGCUUGAGAUCAUUCCUUGCUCAGUUGUGGGUCAUGUCUUCCGCUCCAAGAGCCCCCACACCUUCCCCAAGGGCACAGAGGUCAUCACCCGCAACCAGGUGCGCCUGGCAGAGGUCUGGAUGGACGGCUACAAGGAAAUCUUCUACCGCCGCAACGGGAAUGCUGCAAAGAUGGCCAGAAACAACAAUUAUGGAGACAUCUCUGAUCGAUUGAAACUGAGAGAGAGGCUUCAAUGUAAAAACUUCACAUGGCUUUUGGAAAACAUCUACCCAGAGAUUUUUUUGCCAGACCUACACCCGAAAAAAUUUGGAGCGAUACGAAAUGCUGGAUCCCUUUCAUGCCUGGAUGCAGGGGAAAGCAACAAGGGUGGAAAACCAGUCAUUAUGUAUACCUGUCACAACAUGGGCGGCAACCAGUACUUUGAGUAUACGUCUUCUAACGAGCUGCGGCACAACAUUGGAGAACAGUUGUGUCUCCACGCCGCGCCCGCGGGUAAGGCCAUCACUCUGGAAGUCUGCCAGCGCAAAGGAAAAGGCACCAGUAUCUCUCCUCAUCAGGAGUGGGAGUUUAUAGCGGGAAGCGUCCUGAGGAACCCAAGUAGUGGUCAGUGUUUAGAGCUCAAAGCCAGUGAGCUUAAGAUGGAGAAGUGUGACGAGGCCAACGUCCACCAGCGCUGGGAGUUCAGUUGACCUGCCUCCCGGCCAACCACUGACCUGUGGCCCACUGUCACUCUGAACAUCGAGGGGUCAGGAACUCGUACUUUCAGCACGUAUGAUGUAUCCUGCUGUAGAGGUUGGGCCAGUCCCCAGUGGGAACUCUGAAGAUGGACCUGGAUGGAAGCGAAGCGCUCUGUAAAUCAUCCAAGGGCCACCUUUGAUUUUAAAUGUAUUUAUGGUGGAAACUGAGCGAAUGAAGGAAAGACAAUUGGGAGAGGGUUUCUUGGUACUGACAACACAGACCUUCCAACCACAACGUGGCGCAUAAGACAACUGUCAAGAGUGCCUAUUUCACACUCCAACUUUGAAAAUCAAAGUAUAUACAUACUUUGACCGACGAUGAAUGUUUGAUUAUGUGCUGCAGUGACAAUGGAAAUGUUUUGCCAAAGGGAAUGAUUUUUUUUUUAUAAAUGUGUAUUAACUUAAAUCAUUUGUAUUUAUUUGGUAUAUUAAUUUUAUUUCUGAUCAAUUGCCUGCUUCAUAUUUAUGUGUCGCUUUCGUGUUUUUUCCUUGAAAGGUUCAUCAAAACAUUUAGACCUGCAUUACCUAACGUCCGCUGAUGACAUCACUCUUGUUCAGAAUUUGAUGGAUUCUAGAUUGGUUUGAUUACGAAGGAUAAAUUAACCUUGUUUUAUGAAUCAGGGAUGCAGAUUGACAAUUUGGUGUAGAAACGAUAAAUAAAUGUAAGCGAAGGCUUCAUGUGAAAAGGUAUCAUGGUGCAGGUUUAAAGAAGUUUUUUUUUUUUAA